UGGCGGCGAUGCCCGCGCUCACCCGCUGGACCAACAUGGGCCUGCUGGACGAGGAGCGGCCCGCCGGCGCGCGCUGGCCGCCGCGCUGGCCGCCGGUGCGCACGCUGCUGGUGGUCACGGCCCACGGCCUCAUGGGCCUCUCGCACCUCUCGCACCUGCUGCUGCGGUCCAAAGGCGACCGUGUCUACAACGACGCCGGCGCCUUCAUCGCGGCCCAGACCACGUGGUCCUACCUGCUGCAGGCGCUGCUGCAGCGGCGCACCCUGCGCCGGCUGUACGCCGAGAUGCUCGAGUACAGCCGGUUCGUGGAGAGCCGCUCGCCGGCCGGGAGCGGCCCGCUGCCCCUGCCCGCCAGCAGGCUGCGCCUCCGCCGCCUCUGGACCACGCAGACCGCGCUCACCCUCGGCACGUGGGCGUUCUACACCGCGUCGCCGUUCCUGUUCGAGUUCAUUCACGACAUCGAUCUGGGGUCGCUGAGAAGGCUGUCGGCCAUGACGCACCCGACGCUCUGCGACCUCCGCGGCCUCGCCUGCUACAUCGUCACCUACGUCGUGGUGGCGUUCGAAUGGUUCCUGGCGUCGUUCGCCUUCAGCAGCGUGGAAAGCACCAACCUCGUGUUCUAUACCGUGGCCAGCAAGCACUUCGAGCACCUGGGGGCGUCCAUCGGGCAGGUCUUCUCGGGCGACGACGCGCAGGCCGAGGAAAAGGAGGUGGAGCAGGCGUCGCGCGCGCUGCGGCUGUGCGUCCAGCAGCACCAGUUCCUGCUCCGCUGGAGCAAGGAGAUGACGGCGGUGUACGCGGUGCCCACGUUCAUCCGCCUGGGCGCAAUGGUGCUGCUCUUCAUCUUGCCCCUCCUCAAAGUCACCACCGUGGACAACUACGUCAUGGACGAGCUGCCGUUCGUCGGUUUAUACGGCGUACUCACCAUCUACGCCGUCUGCUGGUUCGCCGAUGACCUCAACCGCGCGUCCUCGCAGGUGCACGGCCGGGCCUACCUGUCGCGCUGGGAGCGCGGGCGGCCCGGGCAGCGCCGCACGCUGCACAUCCUGCUCACGCGCUCGCUGCGGCCCGUGCGCACGCGCGCCGUCUGGGUGGACAACCUGUCGCUCAGGUCCUUCGUGGAGGUAUUGAACCGGAGCUACAGUGCACUACAGACGAUACGCGCGGCACGGAGAAAGGGCGCCGACCAGACCUAGGAUGUUGACAACAUGAUGUCAGUUAAAAGGUGAAACAGGAAUAAAUACAUAGAUUAGAGAGCGCUCAAUGUUUAUUCAUUCUCUUAUUAUCAUA